AUGGCGGACAAACACCACAUCGCCCUCAUCGGCAGCGGCACCAUCGGCCUGUCCUUCGCAGCCCUCCACCUCACCAAAUCCACCACCUCCACCGUCUCCAUCUACGACAACCGGCCCGACCUCUACGACUACAUCACCGAACACCUACCCGGCUACAUCGACCCUGCCGAAUGCAGCGAGAAAUCCUACAGUGACCGCAUUACUUUAGCACCCAGCCUCAAGGCCGCCGUCGAAUUCGCCGAUAUUGUCCAAGAGCAAGGACCAGAGAACGAAGACUUUAAGACGAAGCUAUGGCCGGAGGUCGAGAAAUUUGCGCGCAGCGAUGCGCUGUUCUGGAGUUCGACGAGUGGGAUCACGGCUACAGUGCAGGGGAAGGGGAUGAAGGAUAAAACGCGGCUUAUGGUUGUGCAUCCUUUCAAUCCACCGCACAUCAUGCCGCUCUUGGAAGUUGUACCAGGUGAGAAGACAAGUCAGGCGGCGAUCAACAAGACGCUGAAGUACUGGCGGAGUUUGGGACGGACGCCGGUGGUGCUGAAGAAAGAGUGCACGGGAUUUGUCGCCAAUCGACUGGCUUUCGCGCUUUUCAGGGAGGCUUGCUCGUUGGUCGCGCAGGAUGUGGUGUCCGUAAAGGAUCUUGAUGCGAUUAUGACGGCCUCAAUGGGUCCUAGGUGGUCUGUAGCCGGGCCCUUCAAGAGCUACCAUGCUGGUGGUGGGGAGGGUGGCAUGCAGAGUUUCAUGGAGAAGAUUGGCGGCACAGUGCAGAACUGCUGGGAAGCGAGUGAGAAGGAUGUAGAGAAGUUCAAGAUUAAUGUUAAGGCGGGCGAGAAGUGGGAAGAGAAGAUGUGGAAGCAGUGUGAGGAGGAGUAUGGAAAUGUCGAUACUGCGGACAGAGAUGCGAAGACGAAAAAGGUGCUGCAAGCUGCGGCUGGAGAGAAGAAGUGA